AUGGUCAACUCACUUAAGCGGAAGUUUCAAGGCCGGGACGUGCCAAAGAUGACUGUGAAGGAGCUGGAGUCGGAGGUGGACCGCCUCUACACCGCGAAGAUCUCCGCGGACAGCGAGGCGGACGCGGCCAAUAUGCCUCGAGCAGACUUGGCGGCCUUCAUGGUGGAGCACUACUUGGAGCAGCGCGGCACGGUGACCGGCGCGCAGGAACGGGUGGUGAGCAUUCUGAGCUGCAUCCGCACCCUGGACCGGAACGGCCAGCUAGCGCCCAUGCCGCUGAAGGUCCUGCUCUUCGCCAGAUUCCUCCAGUUCUGCAACUUCACAGAGGUGCUGGCACUGCCCAUGCUGAACGUGGCACUGCAGGCGCGGCGCUUGGCGCAUGCGGCGUCCGGCAGGAAGGCUGACCACUCCAUGCAGAAGCUGGCGAUGCUGUCCCCUCAGAAGAGCGGGCGGGUCGCUCUGCCACAGGGCAAGUACGAAGACGACGCUCAAAUUACGGUGCAAAAUGCUUGGGAUUCGGCUGCGAAGGCGCUGCCGGGGGGUGGCAGCGUCAUCUCCCGGCGCGAGCUCUUCGUUGGGCUAAUGCGUUUCGCGCACUUCCCGGCGGAUGAUCCAAAGAAUGUAUCUCCGGAGUUGAACGACUUCAACUUCCUGCUACUGAUCGUCCAUGACCGGCUGCGGCGGGAAGCGGCGCCGAAGAUGCGCCACCUGAUCGCCAAAGUGGAGAACCGGGGCACCGCCAGCGUCGAUGAGUUCAGGGAUGCCUUGCGCGAUGCCCAGAUCCUAGGCAUCGACGAUGCAAUCUGGAGGUCCAAGCUUUGCCCGCCGGUGGCGCUGGGUCAACAGGGGCUGCUCUCCGACGGCUUGGUGCUGGAUUAUUUGGGCGGUGGAUCGCUGAACCGGCUGCCUCGGGCGCAGGUCUCGGAGACCCAGCUGCUUUGGGCGAGCGCCGAGGCGGUCCAGGCCGAAGUGCGCGACC